AUGGCAAGGCAGGACCAGCGCCUGCUCAUGGGCGCGGCGGCUACCAUGGGGAUGAUGGUGAUCCUUGUGGUAGCCCUGAAUGCCGAUCUGAGGGAUGAGCGAAAGGUGCUGUUGCAAGCGAGGCCAAACCCGGUAGCCUUGAGGAUGCAGAGGUUGAAGGACUACGGGGUCACCUGGUACAGUCCGGUGUACCAGGAGUACGAUGGGGAGCCCGACGUAGUUGGAACUUUGGGGAUGCCUUACGUCCCCGACCCGAGGCUGACUGGGGAUGUUCUUGAAACGCAGGACGAAGCGACGAGGUCCACCGAAGCCCGAUACCCCUACGUGAAGUAUUAUGGGCAGCCUACUAGCUUUAUCCAUGACACCGACCUCGAUCCUUCUUUCUACAACUACAUGGAUGGUUUCGAGACAAACGAUUUCGACGACACAUACAACGACUACAGUACUUUCCUUGACGCUUGAAACUACACAACACAAACGGAAAUGCGAGAAAGACUGUCUUAAUGCUGUGAAACUUAGGAUGCAAAGGAUCGCUAGUUGACGUUCUUGUUGGUGGGGAAGGAACGGAGGUGUACAGAUAAC